AUGGGCAAGGUGCGUCUCUUCAAGACGCCUGAGUACUCCGUCAAGCAGCCGCCUGACCCCGUGGUUUGCAAGCCCCCCGCCAACGGUAUUUUGUGCGCUCCAUCUGCAAGCGGAAAGACGGUACUCCUUGUGAGCAUGAUUUUGGAGCAAUACCGGGGCUGCUUCGAGCGCAUCUAUAUCUUCUCGCCCUCGGUGGAGGUCGACUCUGCCUGGCAGCCUGUCAAGGAUUACAUCCGAGACGAGCUGGGCGUGAAUACGGACCGGGAGCAGUGCUGGUGGGAGGAUUGGGACGAGGGGGCGCUGCGGAAGAUCAUCGCGGACCAGAAGCGCAUCACCCAGAAGAGCAAGGAGCUGGGCCUCAAAAAACUGUACUCGGUCUUGGUAGUUUUGGAUGAUCAUGCCGAUAAUCCAGCUGUGCACCGCAAGACGGGAGAUGGCGUUUUGGACACUCUGUUCAUCAGGGGCAGACAUUUUUGCAUCAACACCUGGGUCUCGACCCAGAAGCUGCGUCUUAUGAGCUCCGCCGUGCGGGUCAACGUGAUGUUCUACUGCGUCUUCCGGUUGCGAAACCAACUGGAGCUGGAUGCCUUGGUGGAGGAGCUGAGCGCCAUGCUCCCGAAAGAAACCCUCUACGCCAUGUACGAGGAGGCCACCAGGGAGCCCUACAGCUUCUGGUUCGUUAACCUCCGCGCGCCCAAGGAAGACAUGUUUUGGGUGCGCUUCGACCGGAAGUUCUUGCUAAAUGGGGACGCUCCUGAGCCAGAUGGCGGCCAAGUUGUUGGGGGGAGGCCCGAUGUGCGAAAGUGA